AUGGCCCCCAACACUCUUCGUCAACCCCGCCGCCGCUUCGAGCAACUUCGCUCGGAACCCUUGGUCCUCCGCCUCCAACGCCGUCAUCUCCCUCGCCAUCGGGACCUGGACGAAGAGCUCUGGCAAGCCUGCGCCAUCUUUGGCGACUCCCCAGGCGACAGCGGCUACCAAAUCCGGGUCCCUGGCUCUGGCCCUGGCUCUGAGAGCCUUGAAGGUUUCCUCUUCUACUCCCUCAUCGCCAUGAAUCAUCCCGCCAUCCCUCUCUCUCCUGACCCCGUUCUGUCACCCUCGCCGGUAGACGGGUCAGCUCGCCCCUUGACCCCGUCGCUGUCUUCUGGCUCUUCUGCCCCUUCGCCCCUGGUUCCUCUUCCGCUUUACAUCAUCGCAGGGGGCUACGGCUUCCAACGCCUUCCCGCUGAGGAUGAUGAAGACGGGGUCAUUGACUGGCGAAAUCCGUUGAUCGCUCCUGAAGAGUCAUUAUAA